CCUCUGGGACCCUCAUCAGCCUCAGGCGUCGGAACCGGGACCGGCUCCCUCGGAAUACCCAGGGGAUAAGGCGAGAGUCCGAGCAGCCACGAGGACCGAGGAAAAGCGUCUCUCAGCCGCAGCGGCACCCCCAGCGAGCACAGGACCAAAGGAGAAGUGUCGGCCACACGGGUGCAGCAGGACAAGCACGGUGUCGGUCACAGAGGGCAGUUCAACACCUCGGCCAUCCACGGCCGGCAGCGCCAGCCGCUGAGCCCCUGCAGGUGCCACAGCUAAACAUCAGCCAGAGACAAGGCUCUCCAGGCACCGGGGACAAGGCACAGCAUGGACGAGUCACUGGGAUUAGACCCUUCGGAGGAACCACAAAGUGCCGACCCACAGGAUGCCUAUGAACGUGGGCAUGGCCCUUACCAGCCACACGAACCGGGCUAUGGUCUUGACCAGCCCGGAUACAGCCCAUAUGAGGAUGAGAUUCCCGAUCCCCAAGCCCAGAUGCUGGCAAUCAAGAAUGCAAAAGCCUAUUUACUGAAGACCAGCACAAAAUCUGGCCUGAAUUUAUAUGAUCAUUUUGCUAAUAUACUAACAAAGAUCCUGGAUGAACAGCCCACAAAUGCAGUAGACAUAAUUGAGAAUAUCAGCAAGGAUGUGAAGUGGGCUCAGUUUCGGAAAAAAAUGGACACUCUCCGAGACGAACAUCUGAUUCCUCCAACAUUUGAAGCUGCAGAAAAGUGUAAAGCUUUGUUCGUCAAGGAAGGUGGAGAAGAAGAACAUGAAGAAGUAGAAGAAGAGAUGGGACAGCCCUCUCUACCAAAUGUGAUGGAAACAGCCUUUUAUUUUGAACAGGCUGGAAUUGGCUUGAACAAAGAUGAAUCCUAUUACAUAUUCCUUGCCCUUAAAAAUCUAAUUAAUGUUCAGCCAAUCCAGACCUGUCGCUUCUGGGGCAAAAUUUUGGGCCUGGAAAUGAACUAUAUUAUAGCUGAAGUACAGUUACGGGAAGGGGAAGAGGAGGAAGAAAUAGAAGAGGAAGGAGAGGAAACUAUUGCGGAAGGAGAGAAAGAGUUGGGUGAGGGUGAAGAAGAAGAAGAACAGAAAGAAAAAGAAGCUGAACCACCAAAGUCCACCUAUAAACCCCCACCUGAGAUCCCAAAAGAAGCAAAUGGGACUGGGACUAAUAAAUAUGUCUACUUUGUCUGUAAUGAGCCAGGCAAACCCUGGAUGAAGUUGCCUCCAGUGACACCAGCCCAGAUUGUCUGUGCCAGGAAAAUCAAGAAGUUCUUCACUGGUCGGCUGGACGCUCCUGUUGUGACCUUUCCUCCUUUUCCUGGAAAUGAGGCCAAUUACCUGCGCGCACAGAUAGCUCGAAUCUCAGCAGGAACCCAUGUCUCUCCCACUGGAUUUUACCAGUUUGCAGAGGAGGAAGAAGAAGAAGAAGGAGCAGAUACAUAUGAAGAAAAUCCUGAGUUUGAGCCUCCUCCUGUGGUUGAAAUGGUAGAGUCCCUCACAAUGUGGGCACACCAUGUCAAGGGCAUUCUAAAUCAGGGUCGCUGUGCUUGGAUUAAUCCUUCUCAAAAAUCAGAGGAAAAUGAAGAAGAAGAUGAAGAGGAGGAAGAGGAGGAGGGAGAAGAGCAACAGGAAGAAAGAGGACCACCCCUUCUUACUGUAAUCUCUGAAGAUGAAGGCAUGAAAGACAUCCCUGCUUGGACAGCUCAGGCUUCUACAAACCUGAUCCCGCAAUAUUCUAUUGCGAUCCUGCAGUCUAACCGAUGGCCUGGAGCUUAUGCCUUUGCUUCUGGCAGGAAAUUUGAGAACAUCUACUUUGGCUGGGGUCACAAAUACAGUCCAGAAAGUCACACUCCUGCACUGCCCCCGCCAGCACAAGCAGAAUUCCCCAGUGGGCCAGAAAUCACUGAGACAGUAGACCCCACUGUGGAAGAGGAAAUGGCUUUCAAGGUUGCACAGGAAGAAGCCUUAGCCGAAGCUGAGGAAGAGGAAGAUGAGGAAGGAGAGGAUGAUUAAAAUACGGAAGAAAACAGAUUGUUUUAAAAGUUUGAACACAAUCAGCAUUUAAGGUAGUCAUUUAUUUGCUAACCUCAAAAGAAAUGCAUUUGGAGUGUGCCUUCCUUUUUCAUUUCUGUAGGCUUUUCUUUGCAGCUAUCUUCCUCUCCUUCCCUACCCCUCAAACCUGCCCACGCUGGCAUGAAGGCUUUUUCUAUGUUUGUUUGACUAAGCAAACACAGUCUGCUUCCUAAAAUGAUACCACU